AUGGGAAUCCGAAGUGCCUUAUCCGCAUCGCUCGCACUGCUCCUCGCAGGGUGCACCCCCCUAACCGCCAUCAUCUUCCAACUGGAUGGCAACGUCGAGGAGUGUUUCCACGAGUACGUGCGCACGAAGCGCACCGCGUACAUGAAGAUCGGCGUCCUGGAAUCCCCAGGCGCCUACGACGUGCGCCUCCGAGCCUUCGGUCCGUUCCCCACAUACCCAGAGCAAGAACAAGGACAGGACAAGAACUUCUUCGACCACUUGGUCGUAACGCCGCUCGACGCGGAGAGCCAGAACGUCGAGCACAGCGGCUUCAACUUCGACUCGGAGCACCGGGGAGGAUGGUACCGCUUCUGUCUGAGCAACGAGCACGACGGCAAUCGGAAGCUGAUCGAGUGGUACACGUCAUUCGAUCUGACGAACGAAGACGAUGUGGGUGAGGAGGACAAGCUGGACGCGCAGACGCGACGGGAGCACUUGGAAGGCGUGAUGACGUCGCUCGCACGGGUGCAGUCGCUGAUGAAGAUGAUCCGGAAUGAACAGGAUUACUACCGUGCGCGCGUGCACCGCCACGUUCAGACACUUGACAGCAGCGAGACUCGCAUUAUGUACUACACGGUUUUCGAGCUAGCUGUUCUGGGUGCUAUGUAUGUUGGGCAGUCCUUCUUGCUGCACAAGUGGUUCAACGAUCGCGGCUACCUCUCGAAGCGCCAAUGGGCGUGA